UAUGACGUUUAGACGUGAUGUAUUUUUUACUCUUUGGUUGUACCCUGUACGCCAUGAACAAAGAGAGGGUUUUAUUUUAUUAUUAGAUCAUGACAAAUAUCUAACGAAAUUGAAAUGUUAAAAUUAUAAAUUUACAGUUUUAUAGAUUGCAAAUAACAUCAGCUUUUCUAGUUUGACUUUUGCGUUUUUUUAACCUAGUUUUCUGAGAACCGACCUGGUUGAUAGAAGGAUUCAAGAGAGUCGCAAACAAGGCUCAUGGCUGUAACGAUGGAGCUUGAGGAGAGCGCGUCAGACUCGAAAUUACACAGAGACAGCACAGCUAAGAAGGAGCUCCGUCCAUCGAGUGCUGUGUCGUUCUCCAGGUCUGAACAUGGACCAGAGACAUCGAGUUCUUCUGAACAAUUGAAGCAAUACAAAAGUUGGGUAAGCAACGACAGAUGGAAUGAGCUGAAGAAAAUUGCGGACAGUGCAAUGAGGGACCACAAAGUGUUUAUGAUAAAGGGCGGAGGAUUCCCCGCGGUCCGCCGGGCACUUCUCGAAAGAGGUUGGAUUGAAAAAUACGAGUCCCAUAAGGUUCGCCACCCUCCUACAAACGUGGAUCCAAAGAAAAUGAAUGGCAGAGAACUCUCCAAAGUAGAAAGAAUGAUUUUAUUUAAAUUCAUGGAACACCAUUCCGUCGAUUUCCUCUGGACAACUAAGAGAGAUAAGUACGACUGGUUGCUGAGUAACAAGGACGUUAUGAUCAGCAGAUUUUGCAGAUCGGUUUUCACAACAAAAGAAGGUUUAACAACCUCCUUGACGCAAAUGCAUUGGUACACGGAACCCGGGGUGGCAUUAACCAAAUUCCCACGUUGUUACAACAUCCACAACUCGGAUAGCCUCGAGGAAUUUAUCGACGAUUUCAGAAUAACCGCCUGCAUCAGCGUACUUAAAUGGCUUUCAAAUAUGUUACAAACUCACACCGAGAUAAGUCUCAUUUCGGCUCACGGUAAAGUUCCGUUCAGUGCUAUAGAAUUUGCUCUAAGCAGACUGAGCGAAUACAUUGUGUUCCUCAGUCAUAAGGACAUCGAUGAUACUGAAGACCAGCCUCACAUUUGGGAACACGAAUGGGAUCAGUUCCUCACACAUCAUUAUCUAUUGGUUCACGAAAAAGCGAAAUUCUUCGAAGACAAAACAUCAAACCUACGGCAAUUGGAAAGAAAAGCUUCUAAAAUCUUAGCGAUUAUGGCGAAAUACUGGCCUCAAGUAGAUAUCGACGGUGUUUUAAACAUAUGGAUCGUAAAGCCUGGAAACAAGUGCCGCGGUCGAGGCAUUCAGCUCAUGAAUAACAUAAAGGACAUAAUAGGCCUUAUCAACAUACCUGCUCAGAAAACUAGAUACGUCGUGCAGAAAUAUAUCGAAAAUCCACUAGUAAUUUACAAUACAAAGUUCGACAUACGUCAAUGGUUUUUAAUAACUAACUGUCAACCGUUAACGAUCUGGAUUUACAAAGAUAGCUACCUCAGAUUUAGUUCACAGAUAUUUAGUUUAUCGAACUAUCAUGAAUCUGUCCACCUGACGAAUAAUGCAGUCCAAACGAAAUAUAAAAAUACUGGUGAGCGUGACAAAGCUCUGCCAGAUGAAAAUAUGUGGGACUGUCACACGUUUAAGGCGUAUCUCAGACAGAUAGGAAAAUAUGAAUUGUGGGACACGAAAAUCUAUCCUGGGAUUAAACAAUCUUUAAUAGGCGCCAUGUUAGCGUGCCAAGAAACUAUGGAUAAAAGGCAGAACAGCUUUGAACUCUACGGAGCUGAUUUCAUGCUAACUGACGAUUUUACCCCGUGGCUUAUUGAAAUCAACUCCAGUCCUGACCUAGCGCCCACAACAUCGGUGACAGCGCGACUAUGCCCUCAAUGUCUAGAGGAUGUUAUUAAAGUGGUUCUCGAUCGGCGAUACUCACCCGAUGCUGAUACGGGAACUUUCGAACUGGCCUACAGACAAGUAAUCCCUAAAGCACCUGCGUAUCUAGGGUUAUCUUUGUGUAUAAACGGCAAGCGAGUUGUAAAGAAAUUCAAGGAGCGUAAACACGAAAUUAAAAAUGUAACACCUAUACCACCCCGCGUCCCCUCGGGCGACGCUAUUAUUGACCACGAUCAGCCGGUGCCAGCAGAAUACAGCGGCCCAAUAAUAACAGAUUUCCUCACCUGGCUAAACCCGUACGAUGCUCUACCAACCAACAAGGAUGGCAUUGUAUUGGGUCCCAAAGAUUCACUUACGGUACGCCAAGCCAUCACAGUGGUAAAAUCAAGCUUAUCGUUAAAAAGCGGACCCAAAAAACGUAAAACAUCCGGAAUUUCUUCUAGGACUCAUCGAGGAAGGCGAGAAAGAAAUAUCGAUUGUAAGCGACGAAUCGUCCCUCACUCAUGCUGUCGACCAGAUGACGGUCAACUCGCUAGUCAGAAUAGUAAAUACCGGACCGAGUCUGCGAGCAAAGCCGAGAAGACCAAGGUCGACAGGUCGGUCGGUAAUAAACGUUGUUAUAUUGACCCCAUCGAAUGGGAGCGAGAAACCGCUAGCAUUCUCCGCUCAACUAUAUCUGUUCAGAAUAAAGUAGUGAGCAGACCCGAACCUGCUUUACCAAUCCGACAGACAAACUCCAGUUUAGUAAGUUCGUGUCGGAAAACAGUAGAGAACCAACGUCGAAAGAGCCUGGACGACUCUGAUCCUAUAAAGAAACUUAGCGCCAUAGGGACGAGUAUUUGCAAAUUACAGGGUGAUAACAGAGGCAAAAAUAAAUCUAUAUCGUUUUCGAAAAGUUGCACAUCGAUUUAUGCCCCUUAUAGGGUCGUUGUUACGCCUUUAAAUGACGAAUCUUCAAAUUCUUUCUUGAAAAGAAAGUAACUGUGUUCAAUUAGUAGGAAACUUAUUUAAAAUUGUUCAUGUUUAAAAUUAUAAUGGAUAGUUUAAGAUGUAAAAACUAUGAGACUUCAAAUGUUAUGUCGAAUUUCCACAUUUGUAAUUGUUGAAAUUACACUAUUUUUCGCAUUUGACUGUUAAUGCCUUCAAAUUCUAUAUUAUAAAAUAUAUUAUUGGAAAAGAAACAUG